AUGGCAAAGAAGCAGACGUUCGCCUGGUACCGGUCCGAUGCACCAGAGCUUCAAGAGAUGGACAUUUCCCUGGCCGUUCGCGAGUAUCUUCAGAAUCAGAUUGGACAAAUUCUCAAGGAAACAGAGUCGCUAGAAUGGACACAGUGGAAGCAUCUCGACUACUCUUCCGAACCUCGCGACAGUCCCAAGAAACUUGAGCUCAAGUCCAAGCUCAUGGCGGCCUACCCAGGGCUCCUCACUGGGCCACACGGCGCUCAGAUUGCCAUCGAUGACGACUGGCUACCUGUAUAUGUUCUUUCUGCUACAGUUGCCAGGACGAAGCUUACGAACACUCCUUACAAAUCAGACCUUUGGGUUCGGAACGUUGUCUGGCAACACCAGGUCGCUGAUGUACUUGCGCUCACUUUCCUCAACAAUCACAUCGACGAAGAGGCUGAUAUCUCAACUUUCUUGGAGCCAGAAAAGUCUACAAACCGUGGUAAUCUAUGGGCUACAGGACAUUAUGGAAAGGGGUUUAUCAUCGCUACGCAGUAUCUACACAACCUCGUCCACCAACACAACGCACCUUCUUCUACCAUCAGUGACUUUCCACGAGGAUUGUCAGUCCGGAUAGGUCACUCAGUGGUCGAAGUUAAGGACGAUCUGAGUAGCUGUGUAUGCUGCAAACCCCGCCUGAUCGCUGAGGUUAAUGACUUGACGCCCAUGACUCCUGACGACUUUGCGACCAAGUAUGGUAUAACACCUCACGAUGCAGCUCUUGAGGUCGCUUCCGACUACCGGCACCGUCUUUCAUAUCGUUUAUCAAAACCACAUACCAUACCAAAACCUGAAGACUCGUCGGAAACCGAUCAUUCACUUUCACCUCUGCUCAGCGAGUCGCCUCUGGCACGUAAGGACGAAAUCAGCAUAACUGUCGCUGGCAUCUCUUCCUCCGGCUUGACACAUGGCCAGAUCUUCUGCGGGACGUACUCGCUAACGCGACCGUCUCUGACAUGGAAGGUCCCAAGCACGCUAUUUGAGUUCUUCCGUGCUCCAGGAGACAUUGGAUUGCUAUACAUCCGAGGGCAGAUCAUGCCUCGCAACCUCUCUGGCCUUGGUCGGUUAGGAGUCAACUACAAUGGGACCAUGGAGAUCGCACCGAAUCGUGUGGAGGUCGUGAAGAAUGACAUGGUCUACGAGCGAUACAUCCACCUCCUCAAGGAAUGUAUACAGCGCGCGUUACUUCACAUGCCAGACCUCGGUGUUGAGCUAGCGGCAGAACUGCUGUCCUGUAAUUCCAAGGACUCGUCUAACCAGCAGCUCGACUUAGACCUGUUCACGCCUAUGUCCGAGUCUAAGGCAACCUGCAAAGCCGCCUUUGAAAGUGCCUGGCGUCGACUGCAUCCCGACCUGAAAAAUAACAAAGAAUUCUAUCCUUUCGCAGCAUCCUCGCCUUCCUGCAGAGUCCUGAUCUCCUCCCUCGGUUUCACGCCCGUCGAAGUGACCAAUGAGAUCAUGUCCCGCAUCAUCAUCCCAAGCGGCGCCUACGAGUCAAUCAAACAGCACGCAGAGCAUGUUUUCCUCAAAACGAAAUCCGUCAGCCGCAUGCGCGGGGGUGCGUUGGCGUUCCGCAAGGGCAUCUCAGAGAUGUUCAAGUGGGCCAAGCACGAUGACGUCGCCAUGGUCGAUUACCAGCACGUGUACCCGCGCGUACUGUGGGACGAGCGCACGGGGCAGUUCGUGAUCGGGCUGCCACUGUGCCACGACAGCGGUGGGCGACAAAAUCCAUUAGAAGGAGAACCAGAGUGUGCGUGCUGGGUAGGAGAAGCACUCGUGCUGGCGCGAGAAACGUUCCUGGAGAGGGCGAAGAAGCGUAGAGAAGAGACGGGGAACUUGGAGAUGGGAGAUGUCUUUCGCGCCUACGCUAUUGCGAUGGGCGCAGAAAGCCUCGCCGUGAACAUGAGUGGAAGGUGUCGAGGGUCAAAUAAGCGGAAGGACCAGCAGAGACAAGGACAAGCUUCGAACUCAAAUUCAAACGCGAACGCUAAAAAGAGGCGCUCUGGUCCUCCGCGUUCUGAAAGCGACAUGGAGGAGAGCUCCAGCGAAACCGAAGGACAUGACAGUGGGAAUACCACUGCCGACAGCACCCUAGCCAACAGUACUAGUAUGGUCUCCGAGUCUACAGCUGUUUCGGAGAGCACUUCGAAUAUCCCCAUGCAAAAAGCUGUUGGCACAUCAUCACCCCCUCUCCCAAAAUCGCACCCGUUGGCAGAAUCCAUCCAAUUUAUCAUGACCACUUACGACGCACAAGUCAACCGUAACGAAUUGCAACGCCAAGCAUCUCUACUUGAAAACACUACCAGAGACGGUGUACGAGCGCAGUUGGUAGAAGAGCGUGCCAAGGUCAAGGCCUUGGAAGAACGCAUUUCUGCGAUUGAAGCUGAGCGAGACAGGACUCGCGAGCUGCUAAUUAGCAAAUGGACCACGAAGUGA